AUGCGGCUCGCUCAACUAACACCAACUGCUUUUGACAUAUCGAGGAAACAUACUCGACAUAGCGAGAUGGUGCGCAAUCGACGAAAACUUUUCCAGAAUCCGACCCGAUAUCGGCUCAGAACGCGGACGUUUGACUUGAAGGGUUAUGAUCAUCGGUAUAGUGUACCUUUACCUAUUCGCAGCAUAUUUCAAGACAACAACUACAGUCUAUAGAGAAAACAAAAUUAAAGAUAUACCCUUCAAAUAGAUACUAAAUAUAAAUUUUGUUAUAAAAUAUUGUAUCUAAUAAAUGCAAAAUAAAAUAUUGAAUACCAGUAACUUGUUAAUAUUUUUUUUCAAUGAGCCACAUUUAAAGCUAAAACCUAAAUACUAAAAUAUAAUAUACAAUAAUAUGUUAUAUUUUUAAUAGUGUAAUAAUAGGUACUUAAAAAAUAAUCAAACAUGAUAAAUAGAAAGUUUAGUGAAAAAGGAAAUUUGAAUAUGUUCAUUAAAUAUGCGUGUUAUGUGUACUUAGUAUUGUAUAAUGAGUUUAGUAGAUAUAAAAUUAAUGAGUUAGAAGGAAAUAUAAAAAUUUUAGCUUCUUAAGUUGGGUCCACACCACAUGCGCACCUGCAUGCAACGUUGCUGCAAUAUGCAAUUGUUCACAUUUUUCGCUAUAGUUUUUAUAACAAUUUUACCUUCUCUGUGUUUAAAAAAAGUCUUGGAUAUUUAAUCAAGAUCCAAUUGAAACUUCUAAAGUAUCUAAAAAAUUUUAAGUGGGUAAAUGAAAUAAAAACAAUUGAGAAACAUGAAUUAAUGUGUACUUUUGCCAUUCAUUGUCGUAAUUUUUAUUUUCAAAGAUUUCUCUCUUGGAAAAGAAAAUAAUAAUGAGUUAGUUAUUCCCUUAAUGGAUAUCUACAGAAAUUUCUUGAAUAAGGGUACGGCGCAUUAUUUUUUUUUUGCAUUGAACCAAUGAAAAAAAUUACGUGUUUAUUUUUAUGGCCAUAGUACGACACUAACAAUUGUCGUCCAAGCCAAUUCAGUAAAACUCAAUAAACUACUUUGGAAUACCAACAGUAUCAUAAACAUAUGUAGCAAAUGCACCACACGAUACAGUAACCUUGCAUAACAUUUGAAGUGUUUUGUGUUGACUCGUGGCUUUAGACAAACUUGGGUAAAAUGCUUUUUCAAAGUAUUCAAACUUAAUAUUCAAAUGCACAUAAAAAAUUAUAUUCUGAAUAUAUAUUUAAAUACUUUACAAUAAUAUUUUCAAAAUACUUUUCAAAAAGUAUUAGGAAUACAACUUAUUUUUAAAAAAUAGUUAAUUUACUGAUGAUUGUACCAACUAACCGAAAGUAGCGCUUUUCUCAGAAAAAAACCAUAACUAAAAGAUAAAAGCCGAUAGAGGGUGAAUUUAUAAAAAAAAUUCAAUCAAGUACCACCGGGUGAAAAUUCUGUAUUUUUUAAAGUAAUGAAUGAAAAAAUCGAAUAAUUUUUACUACUCGAAAAAGUAUUUUCCGAAAAAAAAAAAAUAUAUACAUCUUAUUGUAAAACAUUAAACACUCUAAAACGAUAAUGACAAAUUUUUCUUUUAAGGAAUAAAAUACUUUAAUCGUAAUACUACCAAUGUCUGACUACAGGUAAACAUAAUUACGCCACAGUAACUACUACCCUUAUUAUCUUUGUCAUAACAUGUCUAUAUGUUACUAUACUCUGCUAUUCUUGUGAUUACUCAAAUGUUCUCGAGUUCUCCAAUACAAAAUAUAACGAAGCGUUUUACACACACACACACUUAUCUCAUUGACAUAUUUUCACAAAUUGUGUUUUUUUUUUUUUGUCAUUUUUCAGUCACAACGGCGAAAACCACGAGUACGAGUUGGAGGACGGAACACAAAGCGGCUCGCACGCUGGGCAUCAUUAUGGGCGUGUUCCUAUUGUGUUGGUUACCAUUUUUCCUCUGGUAAGUCUAAUUUGAAUACAAUAAUAUUAAUACCAUUAAAAAUCAUCGCCGCCACGUGCCACCCAUGUAGUUCGACAUGUCGGGUACAUUCGUACAGGAGUUCAUUUCUAAGUGCGCUUGUCUCACUUUUGUGUUUAAAUAUAUAUAUAUUAGAUAUAUAUUAGAUUAUAGAUUAGGUCAAGCAAUUUAUUCAUAUUUCGGACCAAUCAGGCAAACUAUUUUUUCAUGUUUGAUAAAUAGUGUUUUAAAAUAGUUUUAUUAUAUUACAUUGUAUUAUAUUAUAUAUUACUCCAGGAUAUGAAUAUAUCAGGUGAUGAAUAA